CGACACUAAUUACGUAAUGGCAAUGGCAAUAACACGACGUCUCCUCGUGUACAUUCACGCGCGUUAAAAAUCAAAGUGUCGUGCAUCGUAGUCGUCGUCGUGGUUGUCGUCGUAAGAACACGGAGCACGUUUGAAAUCACAUUUCGCCGGUGUAGCAAAGGAAAAACAAAGGCUCGUCAGAGAGAAAACGAAAUAAAAACGAUACUGCCACUACUACUAACGAGAGAGAGCCUGAUGUGCAUUUCAUGGCUGGGAACGAGAUUUUCUCGGGACAUAAAUAAGCAUAAAGGGAAAAAAAAAAAAAAAAAAACGGAAAGAGGAGGAAGAGGGGGAGAAAAAAGUGCGGAAAAAAAAGGGAAAGGAUAAAAAGUAACAACGUCGUCCACUAGAUUGUACUUAUAAAUGUCUGAACGAAGGACAAUCUAACGUCGCGGCCGUAGGAUCGAGCGAGACGGAGAAAGGCGUUUAUUGUGCGCUGAACCAUGUCGCCUUAGCGCACCGAGCAAAGUGAAACCUCCGCAAAAAGCGUAAACAAAAAAUAAACGUGACGAGGGUCAGUAGAACCUCCGUGUACGUCAACACCGCGUGAAAAUACGACGUAAAACGAAGAAUGGAAUUUGUAACGCGAGGCGUGCUGCAACAAGCGCGUAAAGACGCUUCGGGAAUAUUUCGCGAGUAACGUACCGUUAAUGACGCCAUCUUUAAUGCGCGAACAUUUGACGCGUCCCCGGAUUGACACGCGCGUGUGCCCGCGCUUCGAUUAGAAUUUUCGCGACAACUGUCAAGUGAAAAAACGCGAGAAAGUCGAAGCCGCGAUUCGUUGCAGAGUCGUCGCGGUUUCCCGGUUGAAACGUGUCGUCAAACUUGGGCGAGCAACCGGCAAUUUUACGCCGCUCGAUUACGGAUUCGAAGUCACGCGGGUGCAUAACCUAAAAAAGAGGGCGGUCGCGCGCGCGGCGUAACAAAGAGAACAUUUAUGUUUUGGAGUACUUACUUAGGAUCGGCGACGGAUGAAGUUGAAUAAAAGAGAGAGAGUGAGUGAGUGAGUGAGUGAGUGAGUGAGUGAGUGAGUGACAAGGUGCAAUCGGAGUGGCGGAGAGAUGGCGAGAGAGGGAGAGGCGUCGGUGAUGGUUGUGUGCGCAGCGAGGAAGGAAAAAGGAGACGUGAGAGAGAAGAGGGAGAAGGAUGACGCGUGCGGUUCCUCGGUUGUUAGAUCGUCGUUACACAGGUUCUUAAAGGUCCCGUGGUCUGGCGUCUGGCUGUGUGCAGUAGUAGUAGUAGUAGUAGUAAUAGUGGUAGUAGUAGUAGUAGUAGUAGUAGCAGCAGCAGCAGCAGCUACAGUAGUAGUAGUGGUAGUGUAGUAGUGGAGUGUGUAGGGAGAGCGCGCGCGAGACGGGGUUCUCGGUGUCGCCGCUUCGGUCGGUGCGCGCGCAGAGCCUCGACCGGCGUCCGCCAGGAGUCGCUGGCGCUGUGGCCGGCCUCGGGCUGCGCGAGCGGGCCGUUCAGUCUAAUUUGAACCGUCGCGCGCGCCCGACGCGGGGCCACCGACAAUCCCUUCUCCGCCUCGACGUGACACGAGGCUCCUCGUGCAUGCCGCGUGCAACACACGCGCCGAUCCCCCGCACGAUAUUAACCGCACGCGUGCCUGCCAUCCAGCGCACAACCGACCGAAGAAGAAGCGUCGUUGCCAUCGGUAGAGAAUCGCUGUCCAAGUUGUCGUACCCGUUGCGUUGCACCACGAUCGUCGUCGUCGUUGGUCGCUCCUCCUCGCGGAUCCCACGACCACGACGCUCACCGUUGCUCACUCCGUUCACACGUCUCUGCGUCGGGAAUUCGUUCGCUCGCGAAGACGUUGCAGUUCGUUCCCGUUUCAACGUUACUCGUUACUCGUUACACUCGGUCGGACUCGUUCCCGUGCGCGAUCCCGAUCGUGAUCGUGAUCGUAAUCGUGGUCGUGAUCGUGGUCGCGAUCGCUCUGCCGUCGACGACGUCGUUAGUGCCGCGGCCACCGUGAAACAUCGACGCGAGUUUGGACGUAGGGAGGAGGAGGAGGAGGUGGUGGCGAAGGAAUCGUGCGGUAAAACUGAGCAGUGAAGUGCGUCGCGCGAGGGCUAGACAUCGACGGUCCGACACUACCAAUCGCGCGAGAGCCUCGUGAGUAUAUUUAAAUAGUGUGUCUCUGUGGCUGGUCAGAGGAAGCCGACAGUUUCUUGGUCUUCUUCGUCGUCGUCGUCGUCGUCGUCGUCGUCGUCGUCGUUUCAUCGUCGUCGUCGUCGUCGUCGUCUUCUUCUUCUUCUUCUUCUUCUUCUUCUUCUUCUUCCUCUUCUUCUUCUUCUUCUCCUUCUCUAAUUCUUCUUAUUCUACCGCUCCUUCCUACGUCGUGUGUCAUCAUCCUUGGCUUUUCCUCGUUCGGAGUGCAACGUGAUACGACGAGAGACUGUGAGCCACGACAGCUCGGCGGUGGCGCGAAAUUCCUUAUCAACUUUCGACGAUUUAUUUCGAGAUACGGAAACAGCGUCGUCGAUUCGUCGGCCGGGACAGUGCUUCCCCCCUAAGAAGACGAAACUCGAGCAUCGUACGAACAAUAUUCCGGAUCAGGUUGGAUUGGAUCGGUUCGACGACGACGUAGACCGUAGAGAACCUAGACCUCCAUCGUGUUCGAGGAUACGCGAAUUUGCAAAUAGGUUUGAAAUCCAAGAAAGAGAAACUCGCGGAGGUUAUCUGUCAUUAUUUCGAAUGUAGGAGUACCAUUGUAACGCGUACAGACGAAAGACGAAGGAACUGGAUAUUAAAAAGGGAGCGAAGAGGCCUCUGGCGACGAGUAAUCCGCGAACAGGAUGUUAUUCUCGACCGAUCGACAGGAUGAUCGCGAUGCGGUUUAGAGGGAGCAGAAUCGCGGCAGCCGGCGGUCGUGAUCGUUCGCGAUAAUCGCGAGACAGACGCAGUACGAUUUUGUCGUACCGCGGUGUUUGCUGUCGCAUCCAUCCGGAGGCAUCAAGGAUGAAGAGGACGGUACUGGUACUACGCUGGACGAAGAGCAGACAGCCGAGAAUCUGUCCGAUGGAAGUGUCGAUGUUACGCUGUUGCCGAUGGUACAAUACUUCGUGAACACCUUGAUUUCCAAUUCUUUGACGACAGUCGACGAAGGUAGUAUCGAGAAGGAAAGGAGAUUGGAGUGGAACGAACGCCAAACGGAUGAGGCUUCGUUGAAGAUUUAUCGCGAGCGAGAGACGGGGGGAGAGAUCGUGCGAUAUCGAUAGAGAGAGAGAGAGGGAGCGGGAUUUUUCGCAGGUGAAAUCACGCAGGGCAGAAGGGAAGAGAGGAAGAGCGCGUUAGAUAAAGAGACAGAGACAAAUAGAGGGAGAGAUAGAGAGAGUGGUGGUGUGUGGUGCGUUCGGGGUGACCGAGGUGUCGACCUCACCCCCGAUCAAACCAGCAAGCAGGUCGGAUGAUGUGGGCGUCUCUGUUUUUGGCCGGGAUCUUAAGCGGCUGGUGGGGCGCACUGGCGCUCGCUGCGGCACCCCCCGCCAAUUGGAACACCCUCGAGGAGACGUCGACGAGGACCACCAGCGAUCAUCCGCCAUCGAUGAGCAUCGCCGCCGUUGAAAAGCCCCUCGAUUACCGUUUACCAAGUUGGAACUUCGUUACGCGAACUAUCGGUAGUAGACGCGAGCACCGAACAGCCGACCAGAGUCUCGCUCAGCCGACGCGAGAUUACAAAUUACCGGUUGACAACGACGACCUUCCCCUUGAAGCGUCGCGGCUUAACCAACGAUCGGAGCAACUUCAACAGCAGCGGCAGGAGAGAAGAGGAUCUGCCUCCAACUUGCAACUUGUCGCCGAGAAUGACAAACAACGGGUCGCCGAGUCAAAUUCGUGGACGUACCAGCAGUACGGUGACGAGGGUACAUCGUCGCCGUUCGAACAACCGUCCAAUAGUUAUCGAACCGUCGCUUCGUCGACGUUCCCGGUGGGGAAUCCUGGCUCGCAGGAUGCCUCGAACAGGUACACGGAGGAGUUUGACGACUCGAUACGCGACGUGUUCGUAUCGACGUCGAAGCGGAUCGGUGGUGGCUAUCGUCGUCGUAGACUCGAGGACAAACCGGCGAACGUUCGUCAUCCAAAGAUGGAGGAGACAGGAUUGACCCGGCCACCGCGUCACUCGUCGACGCAAACGCCGAUUCUCUACUCGUUCGGGACCACCCAGUCGUCGAUGGAGAGGCCGCGCGUCGUCCGAUCGACGAAGCAACGACCAAAGAAUCGCACGAAAGCCGACUCGCCGAGGGAGCAGCGACGAAGAUGCCGGAACAAGGGUUGCCGCGGACAGAAUUGGUGUCCGGACGUGGACGUCGGUAACAGGGCGUAUCUGGCGCCAACGGUGUUCGAGGGGAAGGCCAGGAGCAUGUCGUCCGUGAGGAAACCGGGCUCGAACUACGCGGUGACGUUCGAGGUGAAGCAAGUAUACAAGAGCCAGCCUGGUUUCCAACCGUUGCAGAAGAACGACAGCGUUCGGCUGCACUUUCGCGACAAGUUGGCACCGGGCAAGUCCACCGUUUGCGGCUACGACACCGAUGCAACAGGGAAGCAACAGCAACAACAACAACAACAACAACAACAGCAGCAGCAGCACCAGCAACAACGCGAUAAUCAGAGUGGUGUGGUGCGAGCCAAUAUUAAGAGGGGUAAAGUGUAUCUAGUGUUUGUGAAUCGCGUGGGACCCAGAAACUUCACGAUCCUCGGUGAGCCGGUGAUACGAAGCAAGAAGAACGAACAGGCGGUGCAGGCUGUCACUCGACCGGAUUACGUGAGAGAGGUUACGUUGUCGGAGCUCAGGGACUCGAUAGCGAGGUUACGAGAGAGAGUGAAGCUAGUAUGCCGAACGAGGGGCUCUCCGCCGCCAAGGGUGCACUGGCUGAAAGACGGUAUACCUCUGCACCCUCGCAGAGGCCUCAGGAUUCAACACAAACGGCGGAGAUCGAAAGUGGUGAUAUCGUCCGCGAAACCGGAGGACAGCGGCAGAUACGAGUGCGUUGCGGAGAGUACUUCCGGUCAUCGGGCCUCACUCGCGGCCCAGCUUCUAGUCGCUCACGAUACGAGAAUUCCGGAAACCACGACGGCGGCCUGGCCGAGGCAGGAGCAGCCGUGCCCGAUAGCCGGAGACUUUUGCAUGAACGGCGGUACCUGCCUGUUUUUCGAGACCGUCGGUGAACCAGCAUGCAGAUGCGCGGAAGGCUUCACGGGUCUACGGUGCGAGACGAAGGACGUCAUCAGCACCGGAAAUAUGGAUAAGUUCUCUUCGUUCGCCGAGGACGUGACGCUCGCCCGCUUCUAGCGCAUCUAGCGGCACUGUCAAGCUUGCACAUCGGGACAUUCAUCGUGUUUUGUUUUGUUGUAGCCUCACCUAUAUUCCUCCCCAACACCCGUUCAGGUUCCUACAUACGCGUCCUCGACUUCUCCACUCUCCUCGGGCUCUCCGCGUUCCCGCGCGAUAUUCCCAUUCCCACGCGAACCGACCAAACGUCCCGAGCUUUCGCCACCUUCUUCUCGCCUCGUCCGCCUCGUCCGCCGGCUCGGGACGCCAACGUUUUCCAUUUUACCGCUUCGUUUCCUACAUCUUCCCACGUCACCCUCUCCUGUUCGUCGUUGCCUCGUUUCGCGUCUGCAACGAGUACCUGGCUACGCCGUCGAUUCUCAGAGGAGAGCCUCGGGAGAUGAAGCAACUCGCCGACCAACGUCAUCCACGCGCAUCCCGCAUCCUGGAUCGUCGAUAACUCGGCACCGUCGUCGACUAGUCUGCUCGAAUUCACCGCGGGGAGCACACUUCUCGGAAGGUUGAGCCUUUCAGGAAGUCCUUCUGACACGCGAAGCUACGUCCUCCCGACAGCGUCGGCUGCGUCCACGUUUACUCCUUGAUCGUACUGAACGGGAGUAUCGUCAAGUGGUUCGACAUCGUCCAAGUGCAAACACGAAGAACGGAGGAACUCGAGGAGCAAGAGUCAUCGUCCAAUGGAAACACCGUGUUCACAGCGGAGGGAACCGAGUAUCGCAGCUGAAUUCGACGUUCGAAAACAACGGGAAAAAUAUCCAGCCUGUCUCUCUCUCUUCUUCUGUCGCUCUGUUCCCUCUCUUUGCCGUGCUUUCUCCUUUUUUUUUUUUUAUUUUCUUUUUUUCCACCCCAAUUGCAAACGCGAGAAAACACGAUGAACGUUGCUCGCAACUAACGGCGCCGGCAAAACUAUCGCUGCCAAAUCAAAUUUAAGUCCCACGUGUGUGAACCGCAUUUAACGGAGAUAUGUUUUCUUUUUUUUCUUUUUCCUCUUUUUUUCUUUCACCUGGCAGUUGGCUGUCCGCGUGUUUCACACGGCUUUAAUUUCCUCCCGCGGGAUCGGCAUCCCGCUCGUCCAUCAUUUACCGCGUAUCGAAAAUUAAAAACGUAGCUUCGCCACGCUCGACAUCUCGCGUACACGUCGUGUACGUACGUGCAUCGAUUUUUUGUUUUCUCCUAUCGCGCGUCAUCAUCGAGAAAGCACCGUGUCUUUCGACGUUCUCGCACCACGGAAUCUGUUGUAAUCUCUGUUGAAAGCGACUCGCAAAACCGUUUGUCGCUCGACGGAUUUUCACGCGGUGAGCGAAGAGAGAGAGAGAAAAAGAAAGAAAGAAAGAAAGAAAGAAAGAAAGCACAGGCCGCGAGGAUGGAAGAAGCGAGAGAGACGGAGUCGUAAACUUUAUCCGCAAGCACGUGCGGAUCGUUAGAACGCCACGUGGACCCGACGAUUUCGUUUUACGGGAUUACAGGAAGAAAGGACACGACGCGAACGAUCCAAGGAUCCUGUAAUAGGAUUUCCGGGAUCAGCGUACAGUCUUCCUGCCGCGGUGGCCAAUGUCUUCGAAGCGGGCAAACGUAAUUGCGCGGAUCGACGUGGAGUUUCAACGAUUCCCUACAACUCGCACACCUUAUAUUAUAUCUCGUCGAGUUCGUUCGAUACCGAUUCAUCCGAGACGUUCUAUCAAACGUAACGCGCGUGUGGUAUGUACACGUGCCUCUCGUUCGUUCGCGGAAUUCAAGCGAAACUGUCAAGAAACAAGUUUGUGAUUGAUUUAGUCGACGGAGGAGCAACUGCCUCGAGGAACCUGCCAGGCGUUCCGAAUCUACAGCAAUGUUAUCAUUGGGGGGGGGGGAAAAAAAAAAGAUACCGUUUCUCGGUUUUCGAGCGAGACAGUUCGAGCGAAACGUGUGCUCAGACGCGUCCAGGAGAGCCUUGUACAAAGUAUUCCUUGUAUCCCUUUUGAACAACGCGCGCGCGCGCGCGUGUGUGAGAGUGUGUAUGUAUGAUACGUAUGUGUGCGUGCGCGCAUGGGUGCGUCGAACGAUCGAAAGAAAGAAAGAAAAAAAAAAAGAGAAAAAGAAAAAAGAAACGACGAACGGCGAUCGAUUCGUCUACUCUUUCAGGGAUAGAGCAAAAAUCGUGGAACACGGUGGAAAUUGGUCGGCAAGGGUGAUUCUGCGGCUGUACGUUCCGUCUGCGACAAGGGUGGUUGCGUUAUUACGCCGAGACCGAAGAAAUCAGGCAGCACUUUAAUUAACGGAGCUCGCGGCCCAAGCAUCGCCGGCAAGAAUUGUUACGCCCCGACGGCGAGCGAGUAAUUGCAUUUUCGCUGCACCGUCGUCGUCGUCGUCGUCGAAUCGUAAUAUCGGGGUUCGAUUGGCCUCGCCGAAACGAUCGUACGAGGAAAAAUAGGAAACGGCGCCAGGAGCGUGGAAGUAACGGCGAAGAAAACAAGGCACGCUGAUAAUCAAGGCGCGAAUAGACGACGAUAACGACCCGGGCGGUGUUACUCGUUAAGAAGAGAAGCUAAACGACCGAGAUGUGUUAUUCGAGCGAGCAUUUUUUCCGCAUGCAGAUAUCUCCUACGACGCUUGUGUGUGUGUAUCCGCGUUUCCAUCGAUCGGGCAACACGCGAGCGCGCGCGCGCGCGCUCACUUUUUACAUUUUAGAGCUAUAAAGAAAUUACAUAUAGAUAGUUGUCGAACGAACGAGCGAAACAGUUGUUGUGCUCCAGCGUUCCUUCCUGCGAGAGAAGAGGAAAUACUUUGCCAUUCUAGCGAUAUACCAGAGACUUUGAGAAGGGAAGAAGGUGGCAGCGUAUGAUGUCCGUGCAAGCUUACUAGUGCCGCCGUGCUUUUUCGUUACAAAUUCAUUUCGUCGCUCGUACCUAUCGAACGAUUUGUAUGAAAGUCAUCGUAAAGUCAACGAUGGCGCGUCGUUCCGUCUAGUGGCCGUCACCUAUAAACCUCUGUUCGACUUUAAUCCUUGAACGCGUGACAAUUACUCACGUAUUACGCCUCGUGCGAAAUGAUCCUCGAUUUCUUUUUACGCCCGAUCAUUACCGAACAACAAGGAGGAAAGACAUGUAUAAACGCGUCGACACCGGAACGGAACGACGAGCCGAAUCAUAGCGAACAAAAGAGGAAUGUAUUUUAUGAUAUUUUACGCAUAAAAGAAAACGAUCGUAAAUCGAAUAUAGCGAGUUAGUCCAAGGUAAAAACUUAAGUAGAGGUGUAUAAAACGAGAAACUCAAAAAGCGUGCGUAACACGUUGCACAGUAUUUACGAGGGGCUGAGAGGUGAACGCGUCGAUUUUGUCGAGCGAGUGAGAAAAAUGAAUAAAACAGGGCCGUGGAACGGUUGAUUGCGCGCAAACGAUCGUACCAGCGACGAUGAUAGUUAAUUACCGAUAGACGACCGUCGAUCAUUAUCGUUAACGUCAGUCCCGUAACGAGAUGAUCCUAUUCCAGGAUAUGCGUUUCGCAUCGCAACGGAAAUCCGACCCGCUUCCGGGGACGUGUUUCGCGGUUUCUUUUCUACGGAAGUCAAUGGGAACAUCGGCGAGACCGAUCCGCGCCAACUGCCCUGUCACCAGAUAAAACACUAAGCGCUACUGUAAAAUAUUGUAUAUUAUUUCACGUUAUUUAUUUUUCAAUGUUUUUACUAGGAGACGCGUUUUUACGAUACUCACAAAAAAGAGAAUUAUCGCGUAACGUUAUAGAAACAUGUCUCGUUCUGAUCCGCGGUGCUGUGCUUACAUAUAUAUACACGAUACGUACACUACGAUAAACUUGUGACGACCAAAAAAAAAAAAAGAAAAAAAAACGCAGCCUGUCAAUUUUCCGGACCCUCCUAGCAGUUAACGAUCGUUCAAGAAAGCGAUAGAGAAAUGAGAAACCAAACUCCAAGACACAUCGACGAAGCAACGGUUUUCUGAAUCACAGUCACGGCGGAUCAGCCGGAUUAGAAUGUUUAUAAACUUCAACGUAUUUCCAGCAGCUUUUGCAGUGUGUAAAACUAACCAGAGAAACCGAAGCAAAUCUAGUCUAGGCGAGAUUUAAAAGCGUACAGCUUGCGCGUUUAAGGAUUAUUACGAACGUGCCGUCCGCCCUCGAAAUGAUCGGACGUGAUCGUGAGCGUGAAACACGCGAACGCACGCGGAUGAAGGAAGCAAGCUUGCCUUGUUCUCGAAAGUUAAGUAAUGUUAGUUUUGAAAAGAAACAAAAAGAAAAAAAAAAAGGAGAAAAAGAAGAGAAGAGGGCCGAUCGAACGAUUCGUUCUGUACGAUGCGUGACAGGGGACGAUUAUGUUUCCGAGCUGGUCUAAUAGCAAAUCAAGUGCACUAUGAAUCGUAUGGCUAACUCUAGCAGCACGAAGUCUAACGAGUUAAUAGUGAAAUUGUCGUAAGGGAGAAACGAACGCUGCAGGUAUAAACGAAGCAUAAGCCGCUGUUGAUGUUUCCUAACUUGGUCUUCGAUUUCUAUCGAAGCGAUCGGGUACAAUAGGUACCGAACGAAAGGAUAUUACGACCAAAUACCAUUUAUUCGACAUCGUAAAAUGAAAAG